CCACCAACCCUGAACCCCCAACGUCUCUCUCACGCCAUUAUUAUCUUCGAUCGCUCUGUGUCCUCACUCUCUCAAGAUCAGUCACCGCGCUCGUUGUCAUCUUCUUGCUUCGGUCGUCAAGCCAGUUGGCCAGCUCACUUCACCAUCAUUGUCUUGCAUCCAGUCGCUUAUUCCCCAUCAUCGUCACCGCGGAAGAAGCAGUAGGUCCUGGGGUCGCACUCUGUCUCGUCAUCCUCUCGUACUCAGAAGUGCGCCUUCCCUGCGCUCGUUGUUGCCGACAACGGAGGUAGCAGGUGGGCUUGUCUUCAUUCAUCUUCUUACUUUGAGCCUCGCCUCAGGUUCCUUCGCACAACCCAAUUUGAUAAUCAUGGCGCCCAAUAGAAGUUGGAUGUCACGAAGGCAAGAUUGCACUGGUUAUCUAAGCGAGAAAUUUAAGAAAGGUGUUGUGGAAUUCAUAGAUUUUGUAGAAAGAAAUCCGACAGACAUUGAUAGUUUAGGUCACAUUCUUUGUCCAUGCACAAAAUGUAAGAACAGGCUUAAGGAUAAAAUAUUCUGGGUCGAAAAGCAUUUAUGUGAUCGUGGGUUUAUGGAGGGUUAUAUAAACUGGACUGCUCAUGGUAAGGAAAGAUGGGUUGAACAGGACGCAACAAAUGUUACCCAAGAACAUGAAGAGGAGAAUACAAAUCCAUAUGUAGACAUGGUUAUUGAUGCUGUAGGUGAUAACUUAAACGUAGUGGAAGGUUUAGAAGAGGAUCCGAAUCCAUCCGCGUUGAAGUAUAUGAUGAUGUUCAUAAGAAAAAAAGUGGAGAAUAUGUUUCUGAAGUAUCCAAGAAAAUUAUUGACUCAUAUGGAGAGGCAAUAUCACAAAAAUAUGGAGAAGAUUUAAUAGAUCAACCUGAAGUUGAUCCUAACGUGUGGACAGAAGUUGUAGGAACCAACAAGAAAGGACGAGUUCAUGGGUUAGGCCGCAGUCUGGAUAUUGGUAUUCAUGAUCAUAGAGAUGUGCCAUUACCUGAAGGUACAGGUGUUUCUACAGUCAAGUCAGUUUCACAAACAGACAUCACUGAGGCUAUUAAAGAAGCAUUGCCUAGUGCUAUAAAUGCAGUCUUGCAUAGUAUUGUAAAUGAAGCUAUACAGAGUAAUUUACUGUCUCUUCUUUCUAAGAUUCUAGGAUUCCCCCAAGAGAAGAAUCAGUAGAGUGAUUUUGCUGGGAAUAAUAUUUGAUUAGGUGGCUUAUGUUAAUGCAUUUUGUUAAGCUUAGUUUAUUAUCGUAGUUUAUUUGUUUGAUAGACAAUUGAUUAGGAAAUUUGUUUCAUUUUCAGUUUUUAUAGAAGUUGGCUUACUUUUAUUGGUAGUUUACUUAGUUAAUAAAUAAUUAUUUGGAUUGAUUUUUAUAGUUACUGUUAGAUUUAACUUGUUUUGGUAUUUUAUUUGUGAAG